AUGUCAAUAAAUUUGUCAACGACAAUGGAACAUUUAGUUCACUCGACGAGUUUAUCGAUUGCGUUGUUUAUCACAUAUGUGCAGACAUUUUUCUCUAAUGGCUUAUUAUAUCAAUUUACUAAUACAAUACUUGAUCGAUUUUGUCUUGAAAUUUUACCUAAAAUUCAUGAUAAAAUCGAAUUUCUUGAUCUUGAAUCAUCAUCUAUCAAACGUAUUCUACUCUUAACAAAUUAUCCUAAUUUAUAUGGACUUGGUUUAUAUGAUCUUGCAACAGAAACAGCUAAAGAUCUUUUUACUGGUAAGUAG